AUGGGCACUCUACAAGUAUUCAUCAAAAAUCGAGCGGGUUUCCUUUCCAUGUGGCUCUUCCUGAGACUGGUUGAGACUGGAUACAUUCCCGGAGCCAUGUUCACUUUGUCAACGUGGUAUAAAAACGAAGAAUUGGCUAAACGAGUGGCAUAUUUCUUCUUCGGUAUGUUUUCGGGUAAUGCGCUGAGCCCUCUCCUGGCAUCUGGGGUUCUGCAGCUCGAUGGGCAUCGCGGUAUUAGAGGGUGGCGAUGGCUCUUCAUAAUCGAGGGCAUUUUCACCAUAUUCUUUUCCUUCCUUUUCCUCUUAUUUUUGCCUGGGUCACCCGACUUUCACAGGCCCAUCCUUAGUCCGGGGUUGCUGAGAUUCUCUGAGCCAGAAAGAGAGAUCCUCCGUGAGCGGCUGCAAAGGCUAGACGAUGGAUAUCCUGAAAAGGAUCAUCACUCUAAGAUUCCACUUAGAGUUGUUUGGAAGGCUGUUUUGUAUUACCGUCGCUGGUUACAUUAUUUGUCCACUUUUGCCGUGUUUUCGACGUGGAGUCCUCUGACUACUUACACGCCAUCCAUCAUGAUGUCGCUCGGAUUUGACAGGACCACUGCUAAUGACCUUGCUGCGGUCGGCGGACUUCUGGAACUUGUCGUCGUGUUUGGUUUUGCCUAUAUCGGUGACCUAUCCAAUGUGCGAGGGGUAGUAUUGUCAUUAUCGCUAUAG